AUGAGCGUCGACCAUGACUACGCUUAUGCAGCUUCGACGGGUAAAACGAAUGGUUCCAAUAUCGGUCAGUCCUCGUCACAGCAAGGUGAGAGUUUUGAAAGAGCACGUUUUUUAUGUUCAGCUUUUUUUUUGCUAUGAAUGAGUAACCAGUAUAGAGGGAGAGGAUAGUUCGACGAUUUUAUGUCUGGAAAAUUGCUUCUCGUUUCAGCUCGAACAACUGCGAGCGUUGGCCAUCAUUCAUUUGCGGUUGGCGGUGCGCAGCGAAUUCAAAACACGAUAGUGACGACCUCUGAGGGAAGGUUUGUGUGAGUUUCCGAUUCUUUCUGCCACGGUUCGGUCAGGCCGGUGAUCGUCGGGACGCGACCUCUUCAAGCAGGUGUCGUUCAUCAGCAGCCCAUACGACCGACUCCUCUUCCGAUGGAAGCUGGCCGUACGACGAUUCAGACGACGAAUCGCCUUGUUCAACAGCCCAAUCGGAGCAUCAUUCAACAGCCAUCGGGUUCCCAGAUCCCACGGACAUCUUACGUUGUCGUCACCUCUACGCCCACGACUCAUCAAAACGUAAUUUUUUUGGGAAAUUAUAAAGGAGCGAAAAACCCCUAUUUUAAAGUUUUUCAAGCUUCAAUUUCAAAAAAUAUUUUACUAAAGAUUGAAUGAGCAUACAAAUUCUAUCACUUUUAACUGUGGGGUUCAUUUUCUCAAUCUUCAAAAUUAUCUGCUCCAGGUUUUAGAGGAACGAAGUUUUUUCUCUGAGCAGGAUACAGCUUCUCUAUUCUUUCAGUCGGCUUUCGAUAUCAAAAAAACCUUGUUUCCGCCGUUUUUUUUAAAGGUUUCAUCUCAUAAGUUCACAAGUUUGGAAAGACGUUCUAUCGACAAUGAAACUCGGCUGUAUUGUAUUGUUAACCGAUUGAGAAACUUUCUUCUUCUAAUUUCGAUUCACUCAUUUGAUAAAUCUGAGACUUCAGAUGCAAUAUGCUCCUGUGAAAUCGGUUGUAACUUCCGCAGGAAAUCCUCAAAUAAUCCGAACUCAGGUUAUUCAAAAUCCAGGACAACAUAUCUCCGCUUUUCGUACGUUUUCUUUAUACUUUUUCUGCUCUGAACAUUGUUUCGGUGUCGCAUUCAGAACGCAUCUAUCAUUUAGAUCAUAUGUUGUAUUUAGAAGGUACUCAGCAGCUAGUUGGAAACAACGGACAAGGUCAAAACCUCCAGAACCAGCUGGUUUUCGUGCAAAAUAGGAACAACUCUUUCGGGAUGAAUUUGGCGAUUCCGUUGAGAGAACCGACCCCUGAACCGGUCAGUUUUUUGAAAUUUUUUUCACUCAAGUCGUAUUUUUCAAGUUCUAAGCAUCAUAUUUCUGUUUUCUUAUGAUUUGAGUGUAUGAACCAUAAGGGAUCCGGUUUAAGAAAAAAAAAACCAGAGAAAUUACCUCAGAAAUCUCACUCUAGAUUUGUUCUAACCCUAGCCCAAAUUCAAAAUGUCGCAUUUUUUCCAUCAUCAAGUAUUCAGUUCGAAAAAAUUUGAAAAGCAACUAAUUUGUUGAAAAGUUGUAAAAAGUUAGUUCAAUAUUGAAUAAAGGAUGAAAACGAAUGAAUUCGGCCCGCGAGCAGGAAAACUCUGCGGAUGAUAUAUUUUUAUGGAUGGCCGCAAUUCGCAAAAAAAAAAAUUCAAAAAAAAGUUUUGGCAAAAGCUUGAAGGGAGUCCACGAAUCCAAGAUUAGCCUACAUAUUCUUGCUUUUUUGUAAUCAUUUUCGUUUUGAAAAAAAUUGUUCAUUUUGUACAUGUACACAAUUUAAGCUGCAAGAUUUUGAACGGUUUUCACAAAUGCUCUUAUUUUGCCCCUAAUCAAUUUGGCCGCAGCUCUCAAGAAGCCGAUUCCAGGUGGUGGUGAAGGAAGAGCCGCUAGAAGUGAAAGAGGAAGUGAAAGAAGAGCCACUGUCCGAAGACCUCGCAGGGGACAUCGACAUUCAGGUGAGUGGACGCCGAUGUGACGUCAUCUGCUCUUCAGAUCCGCAACGUUGUCUGCAACUACACGCUCCCGCUUCACAUCGACCUCCGUCGGCUCGCCCUCAACAGUAACAACGUCACUUACGACAGAGGAAGAGGGGUCUCUUUCUAUUUUCAUCUCGCAAAGCUGUUUUUUCCAUCUAAUGAAAACAAUCAUCAAUUUUUCUGUUCCUCAUAUAAUUCAUUAUCGUCAAAGCUGGGAACAGCUCGUUUUGUUUGUGAUUUUUUCCUUCAGAGUUCUAGAGCGAGAGAAGCAACUCUUUAACAAGAGAUUGUCAGUGAAAAAUUUGUAAGACGCAGAAAAACACAACUAAACAAAAAUAUUCUUACCAAUCGCUCAAUCAUUUAUUGAUUUUCGAGUAUUUACUAGGGAACGUUUUUUACCCCCCGGUUAAACUUUUGCUGAAACUUUGCCGAAGUGUACUUUAGGACCCCCUGAUUCCAGAACAAAAAGAAAAUUUCUCGCAAUAGAUCUCGUUUUCGAGUUAGGACACUUCAAAAGCCCGAAAUAGCGCUUUUUUGGCCUAAUUUGCGUAUUUUGCACACUUUGAAGCUCCAUAACUGGGAAACAAGAUCUAUUGCGAGAAAUAUUCUUCUUGAUCUGCAAUCACAGGGUCCUAAAGUACACUUCAGCAAAGUUUCAGCAAAAGUUCAACCGGGGGGUAAAAAACGUUCCCUGGUUAGCUUUUUCAUUGAAGGACUUUUCCAUCGCAAAUUCGAUUCAGUAUUAUCAACUUUUGCUCAGCUUUCUACAGCUGAAUGAGUUUAGUAGACAGCGCUUGGAAAGUUAGCUUUUAUCACUCCAUAGGAUAAGUCGGAAAUGGUCGAAAAGGCUCCAUAGAAAUUUUCUUUUUAGGAUGACGAAGGUUCCUUUUUUGCUUGUUUUUUUGGGUCAUUUCAUCGGCUCUUGUGCACCAUUUUUGCUGCCUCUCCCUUUUUUUAAAUUCCAGAAAAAAAAUGGUCGAUAAAGAGAUUCUUUUUGCUGCCUUCCUGCGGCCUUUUUCGAGCCUCUCUCUUUUAGCGAUUAUUAUCCACCAUUCCGACUUUUCCCUAGUCGGAAGUUGCUUUUUUGCACUCUAUGAACGAAGCAUUUCUAGUUUUGCAAUUGUUCUGUAAAAUAUGUAAUUAUGUGGAGUGAUCCUUUCUUUUAAAGGUGAUGAUGAAGCAAAAGCGAGAUCCUAACUGUUACGUCAAAGUCUACAGUUCUGGCAAGGUUUAUAUCGUCGGUUGUCGGAGGUGAACCCGAUCACAAAGAGAAAAAAAAAUAAUAAGAAGGAAGUUUUAGCGAAAUUGACUGUAAAAGAGCAGCUCGGUCUAUCGCAAGACAUGUGCAGCGCGUUAUGGGCAAGCUGGAAUCGAGCAUCCGGAUAAGAAACUACAAGGUUUUUUCAAACAAAAAAGAACCUUUCAUUAGUUUCGUGAAAAUUCCGUUUGAAAAAACAUCUAGAAUCAAAAGCGUUCAUCACAUCAGUGGGCUAUACACUAGAUUUAAUCUCCUGCUUCAUUUGGAUAGUACAACCUUUUUUUCAUAUAUAGUAGAUUUUCAUUGGAAAGAGCCUAACUGUAAAUAUUUAUCUGAAGACUUUAUUUUUUUCUUUCAGGUGAAUAACGUGUUGGCGACGUGUCGGUUACCUUUCGGCAUCAAAAUUGAGGAGGUUUGACGCCAGUUCCGCUCGAAAUUGAGUGUAAACGUUGUAGCUUGCUCAAAAGUACCCGGCGAACGCGCAAUACGAACCGGAAUUGUCGGUGGGCCUCGUCUGGCGCUCCACCGACCCCAAGGCGACCCUUCGCAUCCACACAACUGGCUCCAUUACCGUCACUGGAGGUUUCUCCAUUCAUUUUUUGUUGGACGUUUCCGUUCGAUAAAGUUUCUAAUCAGUUAGGGAAAUUAAGAUCGAAGGCAGAUAAGGGAUUUAGGAGGACUGGUCCCCUCGGUUAAAAUUUAGAGGAAAGUUCCGUGUUUUUGAAUACCCCUGAUUUCAAAAUAAAAAUUUUUUCGGCUAUCUCUUAUAGUUGAAUUAUGAGGCUUCAAAGUAUACAAUCUACAGAAACUAUUGAGGAAAAUAACUUUUUUUUAAGCUUUGGAAGUUUCAUAACGCGACACUGGAAGUCGAGAAAUGUCCUCCUCGUUUUUGAAUUCGGAAGAACUUGAAGUAACUUCAGCCAAGUUUUAUCAUAGGUCAAGCGUCUUCGUCGCUGCAUUAAUGAAAGAAAAUCCAUAUUUAAAUCUAACAGAAAAAGGCCUAAUAACAGAGUAAAUACCUUUACGAGAAAAUGUUGGUUCAAUUUUAUGAAAAUGAGACGAAAUUGAACGAGAAUGAGACAUACGCAGACCGCAGUUCUCACUUGGAUAGGUUUCUCGUUGACUUUCUUCCUUUUUUUGUGGUAUUGAACGGUUUACAGUCUUCAUUGAGAAGAUCAGAAAAGGUACCAAUUGGAAGAGAAGAAAAAGUUUUAAGCACAUUCGGAAGAAGCCGUCAUGCGGGUUAUCGAGGACAUUUGGCCGAUCGCCCUCGAGUUCCGCUGCAUGGACCGCGCUCGCGGCAAAGCCAAGGCGCCCAAAAAGCGCCGCGCCGCUCCUUCGUCUGCCUACAGGUAUCUUCUUCUUCACAGAAAAGUCUUUUUCUGAGGCCGUAUGCAAUGAAGUGGAAAACGAUUUCCGCCAUUUUCCUGAAAAUUGAAAAGGCCUUAAACUCGCCUGGAUAUCAUUUUUUCCACUUCAUCUGAUGUAAUAAGGCUUUAUAAGAAGAUUCGGAUAGAGUAGAAACAAAUUCAGUCUAAAAAAGACUAAUUGUAGCCAUUUACGAGUUUCAGGAAAAUGGUGGAAAACCAUUUUCCACUUUAUUGUAUACGGCCUCUGAUUCGUAAAAAGAGGAAAUUAAAUGAUUUUCGAAUUUUUUUUUUUAAAUAAAAAAGUACGCUAUUUAAGACCGAUCAAAAAAGAACGUUUCGACGAUGGUUAUGAGAAGAAUUACAGCAGCUCUGGAGUCGUGGGCAACAAGGUGAGUCAUCAGUUUUUUUAUUUUGUACACUGAAACUUUACUUGAAAAAUGCAUCAUUCAUAUAAAUUUAUAAAAACGAUAAACUAUACUUUUUUUAUAAUUUUUUUCAGAUUUGCUUAGUCUUCUGUUUUGAAAUGGAAAAAAAUACUAUUUAGUAAAAAUCUAAACUUUGAAUUUGAGAAAUAUUAUGAAACACUGGGCAGUUGAGUGCUUCAAUUCUUUAAUUACUAUUAAUUUCACAAUUAUCAAAAAAAUUUCAAAUAUUUAUAAACCAAAUAUCUCUCAUCUACGACAAUUGGACGACUCUGAGUUCAACGAAAUGAUAUCUAAAAAAUAUUUUGAAACUUUGAAGUCGUAUGACCUUGAAUCGAUGAUAACAAUGGAGAACAUCUUUGAGAAAAAAAAACGGUUCAGGGUUUUUUCAAAGCAAUUAUCUAAAAGUUGCAGGUGUACUUUUCUGACGAGGACGACAUUUACCAGGAAGAAGACUUGGAUCUUGAGGAUUGA